AUCCCCCGUUCUUCUUUCUCUGCAGGACCCCGUCUCUGCCGCCCGCAGAGGAGCGCCGGCCGCCGCGAUGAGUUCCUUCAGCUACGAGCCGUACUACUCGACCUCCUACAAGCGGCGCUACGUGGAGACGCCCCGGGUGCACAUCUCCAGCGUGCGCAGCGGCUACAGCACCGCGCGCUCCGCGUACUCCAGCUACUCGGCGCCCGUCUCCUCGCUGUCCGUGCGCCGCAGCUACUCGUCCAGCUCCGGCUCCUUGAUGCCCAGCCUCGAGAACCUCGACCUGAGCCAGGUAGCCGCCAUCAGCAACGACCUCAAGUCGAUCCGCACGCAGGAGAAGGCGCAGCUGCAGGACCUCAACGACCGCUUCGCCAGCUUCAUCGAGCGCGUGCACGAGCUGGAGCAGCAGAACAAGGUCCUGGAAGCCGAGCUGCUGGUGCUGCGGCAGAAGCACUCGGAGCCGUCGCGCUUCCGGGCGCUGUACGAGCAGGAGAUCCGCGACCUGCGCCUGGCGGCGGAAGACGCCACCAACGAGAAGCAGGCGCUGCAGGGCGAGCGAGAGGGGCUGGAGGAGACGCUGCAGAGCGCGCGCAAAGGUGCGGACGAGGCGGCCCUCGCCCGCGCUGAGCUCGAAAAGCGCAUCGACAGCCUGAUGGACGAAAUCGCCUUUCUGAAGAAGGUGCACGAAGAGGAGAUCGCCGAGCUGCAGGCGCAGAUCCAGUACGCGCAGAUCUCCGUGGAGAUGGACGUGUCCUCCAAGCCCGACCUCUCCGCCGCGCUCAAGGACAUCCGCGCCCAGUACGAGAAGCUGGCUGCCAAGAACUUGCAGAAUGCCGAAGAAUGGUUCAAGAGCCGCUUCACCUUGCUGACCGAGAGCGCCGCCAAGAACACCGACGCGGUGCGCGCCGCCAAGGACGAGGUGUCCGAGAGCCGCCGCCUGCUCAAGGCCAAGACCCUGGAGAUCGAAGCAUGCCGGGGCAUGAACGAGGCGCUGGAAAAGCAGCUGCAAGAGCUGGAGGAUAAGCAGAACGCCGACAUUAGUGCUAUGCAGGACACAAUCAACAAAUUGGAAAAUGAGUUGAGAACUACGAAGAGUGAAAUGGCACGAUACUUAAAAGAAUACCAGGACCUCCUCAAUGUGAAGAUGGCUUUGGACAUUGACAUUGCAGCUUACAGGAAACUCUUGGAAGGCGAGGAGACCCGGCUGAGUUUCACCAGCGUGGGAAGCAUGGCCAGCGGCUACUCCCAGAGUUCCCAGGUCUUUGGCCGAUCUGCCUACGGUGGUUUACAGACCAGCUCCUACUUGAUGUCCGCUCGCUCCUUCCCUUCUUACUACACCAGCCACGUCCAGGAGGAGCAGAUCGAGGUGGAGGAGACCAUCGAGGCUGCAAAAGCUGAGGAAGCUAAGGAUGAGCCCCCCUCUGAAGGAGAAGCUGAAGAGGAGGAGAAGGAGAAGGAAGAGGCUGAGGAAGAGGAAGGAGAGGGAGAGGAAGAGGAAGAAGGUGCCAAGGAAGAAUUUGAGGAUGCAAAGGAGGAAGAAGGAGGUGAAGGUGAAGGAGAAGAUGCCCAAGAAGCUGAGGAUGAGAAGAAAGAUGAAGGUGCUGGGGAGGAGCAAGCAACCAAGAAGAAAGAUUGAGCCCCCUUUCCUUAACUAUUUCAGGAAUAAUCCUCCCGAAACCAGGUCAACCCCAUCACCAACCAAGCAGUUGAGUUCCCGAUACUAUAUGAAUUAAGAAGUCCAUAUAUGUAACAUUCUGAGGUGACUCAGGCUGGACCUUAAAUGUUGUGCUAUGACUUUUCUCCUUAUCAGAGUAUCUGUUUGCUUGCAGAGUGGCUUCCUGGCUUGCUGCCAGCCUGUGCAUGGUCCACGCUUAUGAGUUCAGGAUCUAUGGCAAUGUGAAUAAUUCAGACGUUUACAAUAAAAACACAGGAAUACCUGAAUUCACUAAUGUUAAUGUUAAACUUCAUGGAAAAAAUAGUCCUUUGAAUCUUCGGUGGUUAGAAAUGAAAGACCUCAGAUCAUGUGCAAUAAACAGUAAAUAAAGUUACACUGAAUGACA